CAAAGCCCGGAGAAUUCCAAGAUCUAUGGCCGCUGCACUUGAGGGCGUAAGCGUCCUCGACCUCACCCACUGCAUUGCAGGGCCCUACUGCACCAAGCUGUUGGCCGGUUUUGGGGCGGAUGUCCUGAAGAUUGAGCCGCCCGAAGGUGAGAAAGGUCGGAGGAUGGCGCCGUUUUUCGGUGACGAGCCCGGGCCAGACAGCAGCCUGCCCUUCGCCUACCUGAACUCCGGCAAGCGCGGCAUCACCCUCAACCUGAAGAUAGACGUGCUGGUGGAGAACUUUUCUCCCCGGGUUUUGCCAUCUCUCGGCUUGGACUACGAAACGAUCAGUGAAGUGGCUCCCCACCUGGUGAUGGUGUCCAUCUCCAACUUUGGCCAGACUGGACCGUACCGGGACUACAAGGCGGCCGAUAUCGUCGAGUACGCACUGGGCGGACUGAUGUAUAUAUUCGGCGCCUAUGAUCGCGAGCCGCUUAAACACGCCUUCAACCAGGCGCAGUUCAAGGCAGGGACUGAUGCGGCAUCGGCGACGUUGAUGGCCGUUUACCACCAGCGCACGACUGGCGGACGCGGGUCAGGACAGGGGCAGCACGUCGACGUUUCCAUACAGGAGGCAGUGGCAUCGGGCCUGCGGGACGUGGUGAACAACUACACCUACACAGGCGCCAUCCGACGCCGGCAGCCCAACCACAGUGGCGACCUUCAGCGGCUGCGGGCCACCGCCGACGGAUUCCUGCUCCCCAAUCCCGGUCUGGGAGGAGGGUUGAACUGGGACAGCUUCACAGAGUUCCUGGACCUUCCGGAGCUGGAUGACGAUCGGUUUCGUACCCCGUCGGCGCGGUUGGUGAAUGCCGAAGAGCUGGGGCGCAUCCUCGACGAGUAUUUCAUCCACCAGAACAAGUACGAACGCUUUUAUGGUUCCCAUCAGCGUCGCUUUAUCUUCGGAGUUAUCCAGUCGCCGGAGGAGGUCCUGGAGGAUCCCCAGUUUGGCCAUAGAGAGUUCUUUGCUAACGCGGAUCACCCUGUGCUGGGCAAGGUCAAGUUUCCGGGUGCCCCGUUCAAAAUGGAGGAAACCCCCUGGCAGUUGGGAAACUCUGCACCGACAUUAGGGCAGGACAACGGUAAGAUUCUGGGCGAGCGCCUUGGCCUUUCCUUAGAACAGUUGGGCGCCUUGCGCUCCCAAGGGAUCAUCUAA